AUGGUUGAACCCUCCUUCACCGACAAAACAGACUUUGAAAACGCUUCGAAAGGCUUCAUCGCCACUCUCGAUGCACCCCUCAUUCACUCUAACAACCGUCCCAUCUGGAACACGAAUGCCUACGACUUUCUCAAUGCAGAAUGUCCAUCUACUGCAAACCCAAAACUCUGGCGACUGGCACAAGUCACCUCCAUUCACGGACUGUUCAAAGUCACAGAUGGAGUAUACCAAGUCCGGGGUCUGGAUUUAGCAAACAUGACCAUCGUCGAGGGCAAAGAGGGGAUUAUCGUGAUCGACCCAUUGACGUCUGCGGAAUGUGCCAGCUCAGCAUUAGAGCUAUACCGGAAGCAUUGUGGAAACCGACCCGUAAAAGCCGUGAUGUAUUCCCAUUCGCACAUCGACCAUUUCGGCGGUGCAAAAGGCGUCCUCGAGUUGACAGAGGAUAUCCCCAUAGUCGCCCCCGAAGGCUUCACUGAAGAAGCAACUAGCGAAAACAUCUACGUCGGCAACGCGAUGCAAAGACGCGCAAUGUACAUGUACGGGACUCGUCUCCCCAAAAGCAGCGAGGGGCCACUCGGAUGCGCGAUUGGGAUGGGCGUGUCGAUGGGCUCGAGCUCGCUGGUCCCACCUAAUACGCACAUCACCGCCACAGGCCAGGAAAUGGUGGUUGAUGACGUCAAGUUUGUGUUCCAGAUGGUUCCGGACUCGGAAGCGCCGGCUGAGAUGAACUUUUACCUGCCUGAGCGUAAGGCGCUGUAUAUUGCGGAAUGUGCGACGCAUGGAUUGCAUAAUAUCAUCACGUUGCGGGGUGCGCAGGUGCGUGAUGCGAAGGCGUGGGCGAAGUAUCUGGAUGAGUCGCUCGUUCUAUUCGGGGAGGAAGCAGAGGUGUUGUUUGCUGGGCAUCAGUGGCCGACAUGGGGGAGAGAGGAGAUCAGCACAUUCAUCUCGCAGCAGCGAGAUCUCUAUGCGUAUCUCCACGAUCAGACAGUUCGGAUGAUGAAUACCGGCAUGACGGGGAUUGAGAUAGCAGAUAUUUUGACUCUUCCGCCCGCACUGCAGAAAGCGUGGCAUACGCAGGGCUUCUACGGGUCUGUCAGCCAUAAUGUCAAGGGUGUUUAUCAGCGGUACAUGGGCUGGUUUGAUGGGAAUCCUGCUCAUCUGUGGGAAUAUCCGCCUGUGGAGAGUGCGCGACGAUAUGUCGACUGUAUGGGUGGUAUAGAGGAGGUGGUCACCAAGGCUGAGAAGUAUGCAGAAGGCGGCGAUCUGCGUUUUGCUGCUACUCUCCUCGGCCACGCUGUUGCUUUGGAUGCGAAUCAUGAACGAGCAAAGAUGCGUCUGGCAUCUGUUUUUGAAAGGCUGGGCUAUGGAGCAGAAAACGCCACAUGGCGCAACUUUUAUCUCUCUGGCGCUCAGGAUCUUCGAUUAGGACCGUUCGUUCCGCCACCAGGUCAGAUCAAGUUAGCCAACAGGCUGAACCCACAGCAAUCAGUUGAUCAGUGGUUCUCUAUUCUCUCCGUUCGAAUGAACGGCCCCAAAGCGGCAGAAGAAUCAUUUGCGAUUGAUAUCCAUGUGCUGGACGAGGAGAAAUGGUGGAGGUUGAUUGUCAGUAAUGGAGUUUUGACCCAUCGGAGUGCUUCUGAUAGGAAGGAUCUGGUUGGAAAGGCGGAAUUGAGCUUGGAGAUGAGCAAGAAGGAACUGGGAGGUAUUUUGAAUGGGGAUAUUGAUAGUGAUAGAGAGGGUUGGGAGUUGCUGCUCAAACUGCUGUCCUUCGUGUCGUAA